UUUAGGCGGUCGGCCCACAGGGAGCUUGGGAGUGGAUUGCUGAUCCCGGUUUCUGUGGGUUCUCCCGGUAGUCAUCUCCCUACCCCCGUCCACCCUGGCUGUCAGCUGCUUCAGAGCCUGGAGAUUAGUUUCCUAGCAAGAACUUCUUCUCCAGAACACUAUGAAGCAGCAACUCUUUCCGGGGCCCCAGCCCCUCUGUUUUCCCCCUGCCCUGAGCUAGCAUGUCGCUGAAGCAGGGCCCCCAAGUGAACACGGCUGCACUGCAGAGAAUCGCCGCUGACAUGAGUCACUUAAUAGAAAAUCUGGACACUCGAGAGCUCCACUUCGAGGGAGAUGAGGUGGAGUAUGACCUGCCUCCCGGGGAAGCCAAGGCCCAGGAAGGGAAUAUCCCUUUCUCUGCCAUUUAUGAAACUCAGGGGUUUAAGGAGCUGAACUUGAAGACGUAUCUGUCUGGCUGCCCGAUAAUGGCAAGAGUUCUGGGAGUGGAGCGCUUCACAUCUGCAUCCAAGGCACACAGUAUCAACCUGUACACAAUUGAGCUGACGCACGGGGAGUUUAAAUGGCAGGUCAAGAGGAAGUUCAAGCACUUUGAGGAAUUCCACAGAGAGCUGCUCAAGUACAAGGCCUUCAUCCGAAUCCCCAUCCCCACCAAAAGACACACGUUUCGAAGACAGCAUGUCAAAGAGGAGCCUCGGGAGAUGCCCAGUUUGCCCCGAGCAUCUGAAAACAUGAACAGAGAAGAGCAGUUCCUUGGCAAAAGGAAACAACUGGAGGAUUACCUGACGAAGUUACUAAAAAUGCCCAUGUACAAGAACUACCACGCAACGACUGAAUUUCUUGACAUAAGCCAGCUGUCAUUCAUCCAUGAUCUGGGACCAAAGGGCAUAGAAGGCAUGAUAAUGAAGAGAUCAGGAGGACACAGAAUACCAGGCUUGAAUUGCUGUGGCCACGGAAGUGCCUGCUACCGGUGGUCGAAAAGGUGGCUGGUGGUGAAAGAUUCCUUCUUGUUGUACAUGAAGCCAGACAAUGGUGCUAUUGCUUUUGUCCUGCUGGUGGAUAAGGAGUUCAGAAUCAAGGUGGGGAAGAAGGAAACAGAGACAAAAUACGGACUCCGGAUUGAUAAUCUUUCGAGGACCCUUAUUUUAAAAUGCAACAGUUACAGACAUGCCCGGUUGUGGGGAGGGGCUAUAGAAGAAUUCAUCCAGAAACAUGGUAGCAACUUUCUCAAAGACCAUCGCUUUGGGUCGUUCGCUGCUGUCCAAGAGAACACUUUAGCUAAAUGGUAUGUUAAUGCCAGAGGAUACUUUGAAGAUGUGGCCAAUGCAAUGGAAGAGGCCCAAGAAGAAAUCUUUAUCACAGACUGGUGGCUGAGUCCAGAGAUCUUCCUGAAGCGCCCGGUGGUGGAGGGGAAUCGCUGGAGGCUGGACUGCAUCCUCAAGCGCAAAGCGCAACAAGGGGUGAGGAUCUUCGUGAUGCUCUACAAAGAGGUGGAACUGGCCCUUGGCAUCAACAGCGAGUACAGCAAGAGAACAUUAAUGCGACUACACCCCAACAUAAAGGUGAUGAGGCACCCUGACCAUGUUUCAUCCACCGUGUACCUGUGGGCGCACCACGAGAAGCUUGUGGUUGUGGACCAAUCGCUUGCCUUUGUGGGCGGCAUCGACUUGGCUUAUGGCCGCUGGGAUGAUCACGAGCACCGGCUGACCGACGUGGGCAGCGUAAAGCGUGUGGCUAUGGGGCCCAGCCUGAGCGCUGAAACAAUAGGAAGCCUGGAGUCCUUAAGCCUCAAAGACGAUUCCAGUAAACCCUUGCCCACACUGAAGGGUGUGGAUGGUGUGGAUUCAAAGCUGAGAGGCAUCGGAAAGCCCAGCAAGUUCUCCAAGUUUAGCCUCUACCAGCAGCUGCACAGGCACCAUCUCCGGACGGCCGAGAGUGUCAGCAGCAUCGACAGCGUCUCCAGUUAUGGUUAUCACUGUAGAAGUCGUCAGAGUCUAAUCCAUGGUUUCAAACCCCACUUGAGGCUCUUUCACUCUCCCAGCGCGUCUGAGCAGGGGCUGUGCGACCCCACCGGGGAUGCCAGCUCCAUUCACAGCGUGCAGACGGGCAUUGGGGAUCUGCACGGCGAGACCCGAUUCUGGCAUGGCAAGGACUACUGCAACUUCGUCUUCAAGGACUGGGUGCAGCUGGACAAGCCCUUCGCUGAUUUCAUCGACAGACACUCCACACCCCGCAUGCCUUGGCACGACAUAGCCUCUGCUGUGCAUGGGAAGGCUGCCCGCGACGUGGCCCGACACUUCAUCCAGCGAUGGAACUUCACCAAGAUCAUGAAAUCAAAAUAUCGGUCCCUUUCUUAUCCUUUUCUGCUUCCAAAAUCUCAAACGACCGCCCAUGAGUUGAAGUAUCAAGUGCCUGGAUCUGUGCUCGCCAACGUGCAGUUGCUCCGCUCUGCCACCGAUUGGUCUGCUGGCAUCAAGUACCAUGAAGAGUCUAUCCACACAGCCUAUGUCAGUGUGAUAGAGAACAGCAAGCACUACAUCUACAUUGAGAACCAGUUUUUCAUAAGCUGUGCUGAUGACAAAGUUGUGUUCAACAAGGUCGGCGACGCCAUUGCCCAGAGAAUACUGAAAGCUCACAGGGAGAACCAGCGAUACCGGGUGUAUGUGGUGAUUCCGCUUCUGCCAGGAUUUGAAGGAGACAUUUCGACCGGUGGAGGAAAUGCUCUGCAGGCAAUAAUGCACUUCAACUACAGAACCAUGUGCAGAGGAGAAAAUUCAAUCCUUGGACAGCUAAAAGCAGAGCUUGGCAACCAGUGGAUAAAUUACAUAUCAUUCUGCGGACUUAGAACCCACGCAGAGCUUGAGGGAAACCUGGUCACGGAGCUCAUCUAUGUUCACAGCAAGUUGCUGAUUGCAGAUGACAACACUGUUAUUAUAGGCUCUGCCAACAUCAACGACCGAAGCCUGCUGGGGAGGCGGGACAGCGAGAUGGCCAUCAUCGUGCAGGACACUGAGACCGUUCCCUCCCGGAUGGACAGCGAGGACUACCAGGCUGGCCGCUUCGCCCAGGGCCUGCGGCUACAGUGCUUCAGGCUUGUCCUUGGCUAUCUUUCUGAGCCAAGUGAGGACAUCCAGGACCCAGUGAGUGACAAAUUCUUCAAGGAGGUGUGGGUUUCAACAGCAGCUCGAAAUGCUACAAUUUAUGAUAAGGUGUUUCGGUGCCUUCCCAGUGAUGAAGUUCACAACUUAAUGCAGCUGAGAGACUUCAUCAGCAAACCCAUCUUAGCAAAGGAAGAUCCCGUCAGAGCCGAGGAGGAACUGAGAAAGAUCCGUGGGUUCCUGGUGCAAUUCCCUUUUUACUUCUUGGCUGAAGAAAGCCUGCUGCCUUCUGUUGGAACCAAAGAAGCCAUGGUACCCAUGGAAGUUUGGACUUAAGAGCUUAUUUGCUCUGCAGCUCAGGGCUCCACUCUGAAAGGGACAACCACUCUGACUUAGCAGAGGCCUGGCAGCCAUAUCUAGUCCUGGACUCCUGUGUUCAACUCACAGCCACUCUGGUUCCACUGGGAGAGAAUGCAGUCCACUGAGCACCUUCAAUAGGACUCCAUCAUUCCUUACCCCUGCCCGGGAAAAAGGAACUGCACUCUGACUUGUCACAGCAAAGUCCAUCCUCUUUGCUAGUGAGAAUUGACUUAUGUGACUGUGGUAUGUGUUGCCAAACAUUGUCUGAACCUUCUUCCUCUCCCAACUUUGACCCAGGCAACUGACCACUGACCGCCUUGCUCCUCUUAUGGUCAGUACAGCCACUGGCUGGGCUUUUGUUUACUGCUCUGUGCUGUAGUGCUGCUUCUGAGAUCCUGAAGCUCACUGGGAUGGGUCCUGUCCACAGUGUGGAGUAGCCAUGUCCAUCUAAGUAAAUAUAUAGACAUUAGUCCCCUGUGGUGACUGAAAGGACAGGACAGAUUUCCUUGAACCCUACAGCAGCUCUUGUGGCACUGAGACCAUGGAUCUUGGCAGCACAGAGCAACAGGAAAUAGACACAGUUAUUGAAGCCCAGAUUUCACUUGGCCUCAGAAGACACUGAUAAAGUGUGUCCUUUUGAGGGGCCCACCUCGUCAACUUUGAAAACAUGUGCAGCCUAGUCAGUCACACAGCAGCUGAUCAGACACGAAAGAUCAAGCCUGCCAUUCCAGGGCAUCAGUGGGGGGUCUGAAACAGAUUAAAAACAAACAAAAACCAAGAAGAAGAACCAUGAAGAAGGUUCCUGCAGUUCUGUCAAAUUCCCUGAUAUCCUCAGCUGCUGGGCUGCCUGAAGGUUGAGCUGCUGCACUUCAGAAUCAAACCCGAGAAUUCCAUGUGUCUUUCAAGAGAAUCCAAGGCUCCGUAACUCCUACUAAGUCAUUUGACACCCAGCUUCCCCAGCUACUUUAUCUUCUGUGAGAAAGAAAUGAUUGCCAAACAUGUGCUUCUUCACUCACAUUAUUAAAUAGGCAUUAACAUUCCACUGGGGCUUCUGAAGAGAAUAUUUGUUCUUUCACUUGGUCUGAUGGUCUGUGAAUUGUUCUGGAAAUGUGUUUUCUUUUUUUAGGGUGUUAAGCAUACCCUGUUGGCACAUUGUAGCUCUUAUUUUAUUUUAUUUUAUUUUAUUUUAUUUUAUUUAUGUAUUUUCGCCACCAGGAUUAUCACAGGGGCUCAGUGCCUCCACUGCAAAUCCACCAAUCCCUAGAGACAGAGAGACACCUGCAGGUCUGCUUCACUGCUCAUGAGCUUCCCCUCAUCCCACCCUGCAGGUGGGGAGUGCUGGCUGCAACCCAGGUCCUUGCACGUGGUUUUAUGUGUGCUCAAGUGGGCGCUCCACCACCCAGGCCCCUAUAGGUCCAGUUUUACUAAAAACAACUUUUCUUACAACCUGGAGAGCUGAUGUGGGUGCCCAACUGGUCUUUGCCUAGAAGACAUGGUGUAGGGAAGGAGAUAGCAUAUCUGUGUGUCACCAGGACAGAAUCUCACCUGGAUUGUCCUUCCAAAAAGCCAGGCAGGCAACAAUGGAACUAAGUGUGCUUCCGUUUAUGAUUAAGUCAUUCCUCAGACGACUGACCAUGGUGAGACCAUGUAAGCCUAUAGCAGUUGUAAAUGAGACACUCUUUGUUUUAUGAAAGACAUCUGGCUUGGAAUUUUAAAUGUCUGUACGUGGAUUAGCAAAGGAUCUCUAGUGUGUUCUUUUUUAAAGAUUUUUUUUUUUUGCCUCCAGGGUUAUUGCGGGGGCUCAGUGCCUGCACCACAAAUCCACUGCUCCUGGAGGCUAUCCCCCCUUCUAUCAUUAUUGUGGUUAUUAUUGUUGUUGUUAUUGAUGUCAUUGUUGUUGGACAGGACAGAGAGAAAUGGAGAGAGGAGGGGAAGACAGUGAGGGGAAGAGAAAGAUAGACACUUGAAGACCUGUUUCACCAUCUGUGAAGCGAUCCCCCUGCAGGUGGGAAGCCGGGGGCUUAAACCAUUAUCUUUAUGUCGGUCCUUAUGCUUUGCGCCAUGUGCGAUUAACCUGCUGUGCUACUGCCCAACCCCCUAAAGAUUUUUUUGUAACCACAGAGUAGUCAGCAAACUGGCCUUUGAUUUUGUGAAAGAUACUUACCAAAGCCAUGACACACACAAAAAAAAACUUGAACAGGUUCUUCCUUUAAAAAAAAAAUGACUUGAUCCAGUCUCUACCCAUUUUAUAGUUGAGGAUAUUCAGGCUUCGACUGGCUGCAGGACCAACUUGAGUGGACCCAGUUUUUAUCAGUAGUGCCAUUGGAACAGGUAACACUGUGUGGCCUUCAUGAGCCUCUCCUUUCACUUCAUCAUGAACCCCAGAAUGAAGCGAUGCAGUAAAUUUAUUUCAGAUAGGGUGUCUCCAGGUGAUUUGAACCUGAUAACAUGCCGUGUGUGUGUGUAACUGUCUCCCCCUAAAGCAUGUAGGCCCCAGCAUCUCAGGACGGUUCUGAUCCUGUGUUCUGUUCAUCAAGUGUUCUUAGAGCCUGAAACACUGCCUGGCACAGAGGAGUUCCCUGGAUGAAGAGGCAAGCUGGAGGAGAGAGCUAACAAAAAGAGAACCCUGGGCUCCCACACACGCAGUCUUCCUGCUGGCUCCUGCAGCAUGUUUUUCUUACUGCAUCUUUUCAAAGACAAGAGGCUCACCUGCAAAGAGGAGGGUCUACAAGAGACGAGAGACUUACCCAGCCGGCUAGGUUUUAUGCAAGAUCCAGUGCAAUCAUUGCCCCUUCUGCCACUCUAACAGUUUCUGUAGUGCAGUGUACUGCAAAGCUCAGCUGCCUGUGGGCCCAGGAUGCACUGUGGCCUCUUCACCACCCCCUUCCCUGCUGCUCUUGCUGCCAGUACAUGUUCAGAUGAUCUUAGUCUCUGAGGCAAACUGAAACACAAAUGAUUCUAAGCCUUUAGGAGAAAAGCUAUUCUGAAUCUGUUCCACAUUCCAAAUUGAUUAUCAUUUUGUGAAAAGUUAAUAAACCUGCUGCCUGACUCACUGA